UCAGGUAGCUCAGGUUGUCAACAAUUGGUAGAGGGGGUUUUGAUGUGAGUUGUGAUGUGGAAAUGUGGAACAAUUUCAAAAUAACUUAAAUUUCCUAAAACUCGAGUGCUGUCCAGUGCUUAGUGAUUGUGUAUUAAACAUAUGUGCUGUGAACGGUGUCAGUAUUAUGCCAGAACGUCGAGUUUCACUCUAAUUGAAGACAUUUUGUCGGUGAAACUAGCGCUUAGAGGAGAAAGGCUAAUUGGUAGCAGAAGGGAUGGAUUUUUUGAAAAAACUCCGUCGUUUUGACGCCUACCCCAAAACCUUGGAGGAUGUACGUAUCCAAACCCUCGGAGGCGGCACUAUUUCAAUCCUGUCCAUGAUAAUAAUUAGCUUGCUCUUCUGGCUCGAGCUUUUAAACUAUCUAACUCCCAAUGUUACUGAAGAACUGUUUGUGGACACUUCAAGAAGCCCUAAUAUUGAAAUCCAGUUCGAUUUGUCGAUACCCAGAGUGGCGUGCGAUUUCUUAGCUUUAGAUGCCAUGGACUCUUCAGGGGAUCAACAUUUACAAAUUUCCCAUAAUGUCUUCAAAAGAGCGCUAGAUUUAAAUGGGAAUCCCAUUGAAGAAGCGAAGAAAGAAGACAUUUCUCUUACAAGUAAAAAUGAGACCACUGAAAUUGCCACACGGAAUAAGACUGAAGAUUAUUGUGGAAGUUGCUACGGCGCUAAAGAUGGAUGCUGCAAUACGUGUGAAGAAGUGAGGCAGGCCUAUAGAGAGAAAAGAUGGGCUAUAGAUAAUAUGGACAUUAUUGAGCAAUGUAAAGAGGAGAAGUUCAGUGAUAAGAUAAAAUCAGCGUUUACACAAGGGUGUCAAAUAUAUGGAAAUUUAUUUGUGAGCAGAGUGAGUGGAAGUUUCCAUGUGGCACCAGGAAAAAGCUUCAGUAUAAAUCAUGUUCAUGUACAUGAUGUGCAACCGUUUUCAUCCACUGAAUUCAACAUGACCCACCAUAUACGGCAUUUGACUUUCGGUGCAAGCAUAGAUAGUGAAACACACAAUCCCUUGAAAGAUUUCGAUGGUGUAACUGUUGAGGGUUCAACGAUGUUUCAAUAUCACAUCAAAAUUGUGCCUACCUCUUAUGUAAGAAAAGAUGGAUCUGUAAUUCUAAGCAAUCAGUUUUCUGUUACCAAACACCAAAAAGUUGUGUCUUUAAUGACUGGGGAAUCAGGUAUGCCUGGAAUAUUUUUCCAAUAUGAACUCUCGCCCUUAAUGGUAAAGUACACAGAACGAGAAAGAUCCUUUGGACAUUUUCUUACGAAUGUAUGCGCCAUCGUUGGGGGCGUUUACACUGUGGCAGGGUUAGUUGAUACGUUCUUGUAUCAUUCAAUCAAACUUAUCCAGAAAAAAAUGGAACUUGGCAAGCUGCAUUGAUCGGUAAGACCAACUGCGUUUUUUAAUUUGGAUUUCCUAAAUACAUUCUAUUAGUUGUUCUAAGUUUUAAUAGGUAAUGCUGGUUGGAUCUUGCGGUAAAAUGCAAUUUUUGGGCAGACACUCUAAAUUUGUUUGUGCUAAAUUAUUAUCACUAUUUACUUUUGAAAAACCGCAAUGUAAAUCUUGUUUUAUUGUCUGUACAAUUUAAAUUGUAUGAAUAAUGUGAUAUGUAAAAACAAUUAUUUAUUUUCCGUUUAGAUUCAGUUAACUAAAUCGCGCAAAUAUGAAAUUGUAUGUACAACUCAAGCCAUUCCUAAAUGAUGAUUUUUAUUUAAUUUAUUUAUGCAAAAUUGACGGCUUCAUGGUGAAUUGGGAAUGUUUUUCUGAAUGGAAAACACCCCAGGUACUUUUUCGGAAUAUUUUAUUCUGUACAUUUGACCUGUUUUAUUGUAAUUACUGCUUUCAAUGUUUGAUUCUUUAUAUUCACUUUCUUGCCACGCACGGAAAAUAUUUGCAAAGCGUAUUAUGUAAAAUAGUUAAAAUUUGCUAUUUACAUAUUUGCCCAUCCGGUUGUUUUGGUUUGAAAGUGUAGUGGAGAUUUAACUAAACUUUUAAGGCAUGUUUACAUAGGAAAUGUUUAUUGUUUUGUAAAUUAAAUUGAUUAUUCUUCA